GAUUUCAUCAAAGUAAAGCAGGUUACACCAGCCUACUGGCGAGCGACCUUUUCGGAUCCACCCUUGAAUUUGAUGAACGACCGCUUCUUUUCAGAUUUGGCAAAGCUCCUUGAUGCCAUUGAAGCCUCGCAAGAUCUUAAGGUCGUGGUCUUUGAUUCGUCUGUCCCUGACUUCUGGAUUGCACAUUAUGAUGCUCUUGGGUCCAGUUAUCCAUGGGCCGAGAACGGUUGGUGGUGGAAGAGCCUCCUUCGGCUCGUCCACGCUCCCGUACUCACGGUUGCUUCCAUACGCGGUCGAGCUCGAGGCGGAGGCAGUGAACUCGCUCUUGCUCUCGAUGUUCGAUUUGGUAGCCUUGAGCGCGCCAUUAUUUCGCAGUUUGAAAUCACUACCGGCACAUUGCCAGCCGGGGGUGCACUGGAGUGGCUCCCGACUCAGAUCGGGCGAUCUCGAGCCUUGGAGGUGGCAAUAGGGGGACAAUAUUUUCCUGCGGAAUUGGCAGAACGAUACGGACUUCAAAAC